AUGGGCCACAUCAGUUCGUAUUUAAAGCCGGUAGAUCGGGCGUUACCAACGAAAGAGCUCAAGAUAAACAAUGGGGUGAUCAGAGGGUUAACUUAUGUGUUCGAAGAUGGACGACAAGCCAGUGCUUACAUGAGUAUACCAUUCGCUCAACCACCAGUAGGAGAACUAAGGUUCCAGGUAAAUAGAUCUUCAUAUUAUAAGAUUUCGUGCUGAUUUUAUCUUGUAGUAUCUUGAUAUUGUAGUACUACAUGAUAGUUAAGCCUAAAAAAGUGGAAAGCUUUUAAAGUAGAAAAUAGUGCUUAAUAUUAUGAGUAUUUAGAAGCCAAAGCCAUCCUUACCAUGGGAAGGGAUACGUGAUUGUACAAAGCUACCACCACGAUGUCCUCAUGCUGAUAUGAUACACGAAAAGAUGUUUGUCAGAAUACCAAAGUCAGAAGACUGCCUUUACCUUAACGUAUUCACACCUGGUCGUGUUGAAGAUAUCUCACAGAAACUACCGGUUAUGGUGUUUGUCCAUGGUGGGGGUUACACGAUACAUUCGUGUACUCAUUACGGCGAUAGUAAUAUCUGCAGGUAAAACUUUUGGUUAAGGGUAAAAACGGCUUUUUGAGAGUAUUGAUACUUUUUUUGGCAGUACUGUAACCGUACUAAUAUAGUAUGGUAAUUGCAAUUACUACUAAUGCUUUAUGAUAGUAUUAAAGAUUUUUGUAUGUAGAAUUACUAGGCUUUUACAAUGAAAUGUUAUCUAAAAAUGUAAAACUUCAGAUGCCUAUGUGUGAAGAACGUGAUCGUAGUAACUUUCAACUACCGAACGGGUAUUUUCGGCUUUUUCUGCACCAAUGACUCUCGUGCUGCGGGAAACUACGGGUUCUGGGACAUGCAGAAAGCCUUGGAGUGGGUCAGAGACAACAUUUCUCACUUCGGGGGUGAUCCCAACAAUGUCACAAUCUUUGGUCAAAGUGCUGGCGGAUCAGCGGUCGAUUUCUUGGCUUUAUCGCCACACACUAGAGGACUGUUUCAUAGGUACAUAGCGAUGGCAGGUAAUGCGUAUGCCACGUUUUCGAGGCAGAAUGCGAAGAGAAUGAGAGAAGAAUGGCUUUACUUGGCUACUACAAUGUAUGGUUUCAAGCACGACGAGAAAGCUUCGGAAAGUGAGGUUAACGAACAGUUGUGGAAGUUUUUAAAGUAAGUUUUGAUGUAAAAAAGAUGUAUAAUGACAGAAAAACGUUUCGUAAAAGGUAAAAUACCAUCAUUUUUAGAGAAAUGCCAGCGACAAAGCUAGAGUUAAGUUUGCUACCAUCGAGGAAGCUGAAAAUCAACAGAGAUGGUCGUAUUCACGUGGCUCCACUAGUCGAUGGAGACUUUUUCCCAAAAGACUUUAUCGAAUUGAGAAAAGAAAUGCCAAAGAAACAGAUCAUUACUGGAGUUACCAAGUGGGAAAGUUUAUUAUUCGGUAUGUUAGUCUAUUAACAACAUAAAACAACAUAUUUUAGUUUUUUUUCACAAUUAAUUUGGCUAAAACAACAUUUCAAAGCUGAAAGCUACGUACAUUUUCCUGAAUUGUUUUAUAAUUUAUAAAAAAUGACUUUUUCAGUCAUAGCCAAGAAUAUCAACAACUCUCUCAAAGACUUUGCUCGGAUGGUAAUGGACCAGACCUUGAGUAAGUACAAGCUGAACCAGCCGAAGGAGGAGUUGAUCGAGAAAGCCUUUGCUACAUUUCUGGACGAAUCAAAGUCACCAAAGUCGUUGGAGUACAAAGAGCAGAUCAUAAAGAUGUGUUCGGACGUCAUGUUCAACAACAGUACAAUUUAUCUGGCAGAGACUAGUGUGAAGAACGGUCAUGAUGUAUAUCUGUACACUUUUGAGUAUCACCGACCGAAUGUCGCUGGAUUGUUGGGACAUUUCUUCCCGUUCAAAGGUAUCUUUGUAUUUAUAGGGAAAAAGUUAUUAGGUUGUUCACAUAAUUAUAUGCCCCCUCUCAAAGCCAAUUUGUGGGGUUUAUGGGUCACAGAAUUAUUUGAAAAUCAUAAUAAUAAAAGUGACACUUUUAAGCUUUUUUAUAAUAAAACUAAAUUCAGGGGCCACUCACAGCACGGAACUCGCCUAUCUCUUUGGUAAAUGUAUCGUAUCUACCCACUUCACCCCAUCAGCUGAAGACCUACUAGUCAUGGACCGAUUCACAAACUUGUUUUCAAACUUUGCUCGCUCAGGUGAUCCAAAUGGUACAGGCGACAAGAAAUGGGUACCAAUAACAAAAGACAAUAUAGAGAACAACUUCACGAUAGACCUUGGAGACUGCACGAUGAAGUCAGAAUUCUGUGAGAAUCGCUACAAGAAAUGGCUGGAAAUCUGGCCUAAUCUGAAUGAAUGGCCUACGGUAGAAGAUGCUGAAGAGUUUGAGAGUGUGGACAUGCCUGUUACCGAGGUUGAUACUAUUGAGAAUGAACUGAUAGCCGAUGAUAAGGCGUUGAGGAAUGGAGAUUCUAAGUGA